CCCACAUCAAGGGUGGUCUAAUACUUACACACACACACUUCUCCUUCUUGCUCUAAGAAGCUAGCUAGCUUGGACUAAAACAUGAGUCUUCCGACUAAGUCACCGGACGUAUCUAGGGAGGAGACGAAGGAGAAGAAGAGGUCGAUAACAAUCAUCUUUCGAUAUUCUGAUUGGUUAGACAAAGUGCUUAUAGUAUUGGGCACUGUUGGAGCCAUUGGUGAUGGAAUGUCUACAAAUGUUUUGUUAGUUUAUGUUAGUCGCCUCUUUAAUAGCUUGGGUUAUGGAAGAAGUGUUCAAACCAACCCUGAUAACUUCAUGAAAGAAAUCGAAAAGUGCAGCUUAGCUUUUGUGUACAUUGGAUUGGGGGUGAUGGUGAUGGCGUUUAUGGAAGGGUAUUGUUGGAGUAAAAUUAGCGAACGCCAAGUUUUAAAGAUACGAUACAAGUAUCUGGAGGCUAUUUUGAGACAAGAAGUAGGUUUUUUUGAUUCACAAGAAGCAACAACUUCUGAAAUCAUUAACAGUAUUUCCAAAGACACCUCUCUCCUUCAAGAAGUCCUUAGUGAAAAGGUGCCGAAAUUCUUGAUGCAUACAUCAGUGUUCUUAUCAGGAUUGGGAUUUUGCAUAUACUUCUCAUGGAGGUUGUCAAUAGUAGCUUUCCCAACACUAAUUUUCUUGAUCAUCCCAGGGCUAAUUUAUGGAAAAUAUCUCAUGUUUUUAUCAAAGAAGUCGUUUUUAGAAUAUAGUAAGGCGAACAGUAUUGUGGAGCAAGCUCUUGCUUCUAUAAAAACUGUCUACUCGUUCACUGCUGAGAAGACGAUUGUUAAGAAGUACUCUAUGAUCUUGGACAGAACAACUGAAAUGGGUUUGAAACAAGGUAUUGCGAAAGGUCUUGCUAUUGGGAGUACUGGACUUUCUUUUGCGAUAUGGGCGUUGAUUGCUUGGUAUGGAAGUCAUUUGGUUAUGUAUAAAGAAGAAAGUGGAGGGCGGGUUUACGCAGGAGGUCUGGCCUUCAUCUUGGGUGGAUUAUCUCUUGGGAUGGCAUUACCAGAACUGAAUCAUUUCACAGAAGCAUCAAUAGCAGCGUCAAGAAUCUUCCACAGGAUUGGCCGGGUCCCAGAAAUCGAUGGUCAAGACAAAAAUGGACUUAUACCUGAUACCAUUCAUGGAAAUAUUGAAUUUGAAAACAUUGAAUUCACAUACCCUUCAAGGCCUAACUGCAUUAUCCUCAAAGAUUUUAACCUCAAAAUUGAAGCAGGGAGUACCAUUGCUCUUGUGGGAGCAAGUGGAAGUGGCAAAUCCACAGCUAUUGCAUUAGUUCAAAGGUUUUAUGAUGCAGAUCGUGGGACUAUCCGGGUCGAUGGGUUGGAUAUCAAAAAACUGCAGUUGAAAUGGCUGAGAGCACAAAUGGGACUUGUUAGUCAAGAGCAUGCACUCUUUGGAACAUCUAUAAAAGAGAACAUUAUGUUUGGAAAGAUUGAUGCAACGAUGGAGGAAGUAAUCGCAGCUGCAACUGCUGCCAAUGCUCAUAACUUCAUCAGGCAGCUUCCAGAGGGAUAUGAAACAAAGGUUGGCGAAAGAGGAUCCCUUCUAUCCGGGGGACAAAAACAACGGAUUGCCAUUGCUAGAGCAAUUAUCAAGAACCCUGUGAUUUUACUUCUAGACGAAGCUACAAGUGCACUUGAUUCGGAAUCAGAAAAACUUGUUCAAACUGCUCUUGACCAAGCCUCUAUGGGAAGAACAACAAUGGUGGUCGCACACAAGCUUGCCACCGUACGAAAUGCAGAUGUGAUUGCUGUCAUGAGUGAUGGCACUGUUAUCGAACAAGGUUCACACGCAGACUUAACAGAUAGUAACACCGGUCAUUAUGCACGAUUGGUAAAACUUCAAAGACAAUUUAGUUCGUUUAAUGAGCGUGAAACCAACACCCCAAUCACUACAAAAAGCAGUGCUUCGAGAUUAAGCACAUCCAAAUCAAGCCCUGCAACAUUUGAUUCGCCAACACCUUUCAGUGACGCGCAUUCUUUAUCAUCAUUGAAUCAUCCUCCACCUUCAUUUUCUCGACUCCUGUCUUUAAAUGCGCCAGAAUGGAGACAAGGGUUGAUAGGCAGCCUUGCUGCAGCCGCUUUUGGAUCUGUACAACCAGUUUAUGCGUUGACAGUUGGUGGAAUGAUAUCAGCUUUUUUUGUAACAAAUCAUGAAGAGAUGAAUUCUAGAAUCCGAUCUUAUUCUAUAAUCUUCUGCUCACUUUCUAUCAUAUCGAUUCUGGUAAAUCUUAUACAACAUUACAAUUUCGCAUACAUGGGUGAACAGCUAACAAAGAGGAUACGAUUAAAGGCACUCGAGAAAAUCUUGACUUUUGAAACAGCUUGGUUUGAUGAUGAACAUAAUGCUAGUGGUGCAUUGUGUUCUAGGCUAAGUAACGAGGCUUCGCUUGUUAAAUCUCUUGUAGCAGACCGAAUGUCACUACUAAUCCAAACGGGCUCAGGCGUAUUGAUAGCCAUGGUUAUGGGUUUAAUUGUGGCUUGGAAGUUAGCACUUGUUAUGAUUGCAGUUCAACCUCUUUCAAUUCUUUGUUUCUAUGCAAGAAAAGUAUUGUUGUCUACAAUGACAGCUAACUUCAUAAAGUAUCAGAAUCAAAGCACUCAGAUUGCAGUUGAGGCUGUUUAUAAUCAUAGAAUAGUGACCUCGUUUAAUAGUUUAGAAAUCGUUCUUCAGAUUUUCGAUAAGGCUCAAGACGGGCCAAGAAAGGAAGCAAGAAAAAAAGCAUGGUUAGCUGGAAUAGGCAUUGGUUCGGCUCAAGGACUAACUUUUAUUUGUUGGGCAUUGGAUUUUUGGUAUGGUGGUAAGCUAGUAAAUGCAGGGGAGAUAUCAGCCGGGGACGUUUUCAAAACGUUUUUUAUAUUGAUCAGUACCGGAAAAGUUAUAGCUGAUGCAGGAAGUAUGACUUCUGACAUAGCAAAAGGCUCGACUGCAGUUGCUUCGGUCUUCUCCAUUCUUGAUCGCCAGUCUCUAAUCUCGAGUAACAUUGAUGGAAGUGAAACCAGUGGAGUAAAGCUAGAAAAACUAAGUGGUGGAAUAGAAAUAAAGAAGGUAGAUUUUGCAUAUCCAGGCAGGCCAGAAACCCAAAUCUUGAGAGACUUUUGUUUAGAAGUGAAGCCAGGAACGAGCGUUGGAUUAGUCGGUAAAAGUGGGUGUGGCAAAUCCACGGUGAUCGCAUUGAUUCAAAGAUUUUAUGACACGGAUAGAGGUACGGUGAAGGUAGAUCGGGUAGACAUUCGAAUGCUCAAUAUAGAAUGGUACCGAAAGCAUAUGGCACUUGUUAGCCAAGAACCUGUUUUGUAUUCGGGAACUAUUCGUGACAAUAUCUUUUUUGGAAAGCCAGAUGCAUCCGAAAACGAGUUAAUCGAAGCUGCAAAGGCUGCAAAUGCUCAUAGUUUCAUCUCGUCACUUAAAGAUGGAUAUGACACCGAAUGCGGCGAAAGAGGGGUACAACUAUCGGGAGGUCAGAAGCAGCGGAUAGCCAUAGCUAGAGCGAUCAUUCGGGACCCAAUAAUACUAUUACUGGAUGAGGCUACAAGUGCUCUAGAUGUUCAAUCGGAGCAAGUUGUACAAGAGGCAUUGGACCGGAUUAUGGUUGGAAGGACUACGGUCGUGGUAGCACAUAGAUUGAACACGAUACGAAACCUUGACUCGAUUGCAUUUGUUUCGGAAGGGAAAGUUGUGGAGCAAGGGAGCUAUAAUCAACUUAAGAACAAGAAAGGGGCAUUCUUCCAACUAGCUAAUAUUCAAAAAGCAUAAGUUGUAUCUAAUAGCCAGAUUAUAUGUAUGUAUACAUAUAUAUGUAAAUUCGAUAUCGAGUAUUCUGGGACAUACCUAAUUAAGAAGUGUUUGUAAUCGAGUAAUGGUUUAGGUAUUCAAGCAAACAUUUUAUUUCGAA